AUGAAGCGGUCAAGGGCAACUGCAAGCAACAAUUCAUUCAACAGAUUUGUAGAUGACUCAGACCAGGGUGGUGUUGCCAUUUCAGUGGAUGGUGGGGAUGGAGAUCCAAAGGGAAGCAGAAAGGGGAAAGUGAGGGGCUUCUUGAAAUUGAUGCAUAAAACUAGGCUACAUAUUGGACAACUGGUGAAGGAUACUUCAGCUAAACUUAAGCAAGCUAGUGAAACAGAUCAUCGUGUUGAAGUCAGUGCAAGCAAGAAAAUAACAGAUGCUAAACUUGCAAAAGAUUUUCAAGCAGUUUUAAAGGAGUUCCAGAAGGGGCAGCGGCUUGCAGCUGAGAGGGAGACAGCAUAUACUCCUUUUGUUCCCCAAGCAGUUCUUCCUUCGAGCUAUGUAGAUAAUGAGAUAGAUGUAAGUGCAGAUAAGAGUCCAGAACAGCGAGCUCUUCUCGUGGAAUCUAGAAGAUAUGCCAUGGAAGUUCAACAUUUUCAAGUACAAUUGUAUUUGGCAAUAGGAUUUGGAUUGAUAUUUCUUGUCAUGAAUAGUAAUGCUAUGCCUACUACUGAUGAGCCUGUUAACAAUAAUAAGGAAAGUAUUCAUUGUCUUGGAGACAGUUCAUUUUCCGCAGUGAAGGCUUCGGAAAACUUUGGAAAUGUUUAA